ACAACGAAACAAAUGUACUAAAAAAAAAUAUCAAUUGUGAAUGUUGCAAUUAGUCUCUGUGCUUUUCUUUUUGUUAUUUACAAACCAAUGGGUUCUCUUUUAGACUUUUGAUCUUAAAUUAUAAUAAAAGCAUAAAUUAAAGUAAUUGCUGACAAAUAAAAUAUAUCAGUUUGUUCAUACAGUGCAAUGUAAUGGGAAAACCAUCGAGUGCUCGACCUUCUAUAAAAUUGUGAUGACAGUACUAUCUAUGAUAGAUGUUUGUACAAACAUCAAAAACUGUAGAUUGUGUAGUUUUUUUUAGUUACAUUUAUAAUUCUAUUGUAAUGUGACUGCUAAUUCUAACAAACGAUAAGAAAAUUAUACUAGAAGAUCAGACCAAUACAACGCCAUCCAGUAAGAAAUCUAACAGAUCCAUCACGAACAAAAAAGAAAAAAGUUUGUUUGUGCGAAAGAAAUCGAUGAGUGCUGUAAAGAUACAAAUGCAAGACAAAAGAACGAGAAGAAAAACAGAAAUCAAGAUAAAGAAAUUAUUUGAACGUCUACGUAAUGAAAGCGACUCUAGUUUAAAUCAUUCCGAAGAUAGUACUAAUGUUACGAUGCUGUCUAGAAAUAAUAGUGUUUCCAUCAAUGCAUCUAAUAAUAACAGUGUUAUUGUACUCGAUGACAGCUUAAAGUGUAGCAACAAAAGACAAUUAUCAAAUACAAAUAUGAGUGUAUCUAAGAAAAGAAAAAUCAGCACUAUAAUCAUCAAUGAUGAUACAGACAAUGUUACAGUACCCCACAAGAACUGUUGUACACCAAAAAGUAUACAAAAUCCUAAAAGUUGUUCAACACCAUUAUCUACUACCACCUCACCUAUCAUUAAUAUAAAUGAAAAUUGCAAUGUAACAAAGAAAAUAAACAGUGAUUCCUUCUUAACUAUUGAUCUCACAAUGGAUACACCCAAAGCCAAUACAGAUAGCCAUGUGAACACCAUUAUAGAUUUGGCAAAUACCACAGACAAUCAAGAUUGCACUUUAGUGACGGCCACCAGUGCAAAUUUGUCAAUGAGUGGUGAUUCAGAUGUUACCAUUUUAGAAAAUAAAUACAAUAAAAAGAAAAUGUUCAAUUUUGCUAGUUGUAUUGCAAAUUUGGAUGCAUCGGACAAAGGAAAACUCCUAGAACUGAUUACCCAGAGCAUAUGCAACGGUUGUAAUGUCCCAAAGAAGGUGACACGUCUACUAAAUAUUAAAGACCGUGAAAACCAAGCAACUGAAACUGUGGAGGAUACCUAUAUAAAGGAGGUUAUACUUGGCCAGUCCACCUCCAGGAACAGUAUAGGUAGCAAUAUAUACAACCCAAUGAGAGACUCCAAAAACAAGACUGGAUUGAGAAUGAUUAUUAUUGAUGGUAGCAAUGUGGCUAUGGAAUAUAAUAAAGGCAAGAAGUUUUCAGUGAAAGCCCUGAAAAUUUGUAUUGACUAUUUCCUGAAAAGGGGUCAUGUGGUCAGGGCGUUUGUGCCAAGAUUCAGGUGUAAAUUCGGUAUGAGCUCCGACCCAAGGCUGCUGGAUGAUCUGGAAAGACAGGGGCUGGUGGUCUACACGCCUUCCAGGGAGAUACAGGGGCGGCGAGUCGCGUCUUAUGAUGACAGAUACAUAGUACAGUGCGCCGCAGAAUUUGAUGGCAUCAUUGUGUCAGGUGAUAACUAUAGAGACCUGCUCCACGAGAAUCCAAGAUGGCGGUCCGUUAUAGAAACUAGAGUACUGCCCUUCACGUGGGUCAACGAUAUGAUAAUGUUCCCCAAAGACCCAUUGGGGAGGAAUGGUCCGACACUGGAGGAGUUCUUAAGGCACCCACCAGUCACGUCGCACGUACAAAUUUUUUAGUUCUGAAUCCCCCCCCCCCCCCCCUUAAAUGCUACCAAUUAAUGAAAAUUAAACCUUAUUGUAAUUUAUAUACGUGUUAGUUUUUUAGAACUCGUGUCUAUAUAAGAAGUGUGUAGCGAAAGUGAUUCAAUCUAGUUUUGGUCGGAGUAGUGUAUGCAACUUUAUUUGCCAAAGUCUAGAUUACACUAAUAGCAUUUAUUAAUAUAGGCAUCUAUUCGUAAAAGACAUACGUCCUUUUGUUUAGACAUAAACAAAUGUAAGACACCCUUUUGUAGUAAGAUGUCUAAUCGUAUAUUUAAUACUUGUACAUUUAACUUUUUGAUGUAAAUUGUAAAUUAUUAAAUUCAGUAUACAGCGUGAAACGGAACGGCAUAGAAAAAACUGAUUGUAUUUACGAGAUUGCGGCAAAAUCACCAAUAAGUAGUUGUGGCAACCGUUGAUUAUUUUAGUAAUGAGACAAAGAACAACUUUUCCUAAGAAAAUUUCGAAGUGUGGAUUUUUUAUUACAAUUUUUCUAGUAUUAAUAACUUGAUAUAUUUUCCAGAACAGAUUUUUUUCAUACUUUUUCCAUUAAUAACAUUUGUAUCAGUUUAAUAUGAAAAUUUACAUAAAUUGUUUACUGAAAGUGAUAAGUUACAAUUUAUUUUUUGUUUAAAAUUUAUUUUCGUUCCUUUUUUCCCUGUUUGUUUUUUGGCACUUUCGAUAAAUCGUGUUCAAGUAGUUUUUACUCAUAAAUAAAUAGAUAUUGUUUAAAUUGUAAAAAGUGAUACCUCUAUAUAGAGACGUUGUAUGUGUAUUAUACAUAACAACAUAUAUUUUUGAAGACUGUUGAUUUAUUUCCUAAAUGUAAUUUGUUACGUAUAUAUUAAUGUUAGUUGUACAUUUUUAAAAAUAGUUCUGUAAUGUUCGUAAAGAUUCUUAAUUGCUGUCAUAUAAAAUGGGAGAUUCGUUUAAAAUUCGACUUCAUUGAAAUUGAAUUUUAUAUGAAAAGAAACCCCAUAGUAUAAUUUCAACUGUCAAUUUAUGUGACAUUCUACCAUCAGUUUACCAUUUUGUAAUUCCUUUUGAAUUUUUACAUUAAAUGUUACCACAUCAAAAAUGUCAAAAUGGUUUCUGUUAAAAUAUUAAGAUUAUUUUUAUAAAAUGCGAUGUUCGCAAAAUUAUUAAUUGAACUUUAAUGUCUCGAAAUGUCAUUAUUAAUUUAUUACUCCAGCCUACAAACUAAUAGAGGAUACCAAUAACUCGUUGACUUAUUAUAAUGUAAACAUAAUGAACAUGUGAAAGAAAAAAAACGUUGCCAACAACAAAAAGAUCAUACCAUAAGCACUAUAAGAUGAACACAGACGAUUUCGCUUACCUAAGUGUUAGGACGCCGAGUCAGUGCGCGGAGUGCAAAGGGUUAAAAUUGUGUUACAUAAAAAUACGAUUUCAUUUGUUCAACCAAAAAUUUUAUAUUGACCCGAUUUUGAUAAAAUGUUUAUUUGACCAAUAUAUAGAUAGAUAGGUACAUAAUUUAUUCAAAUUACAGCACACAAAUAACAUACUAAAAAGUAUAUAUAUAUAUAUAUAUAUAUAUAUAUAUAUAUAUAUAUAUAUAUAUAUAUAUAUAUAUAUAUAUUGUGGAUUUCAUUUAUUACGACCUUGUGAUGUUAAAUCUAAGUCCCUCGAAUUUAAAGCAUACUUUAGUACAAAAUUCAUGUGGCUAUAGCGACUUUGGAUGUAACGCCGAGUUCGGGUGUAGCGACUUCGGCCAACUUCCGUCGCAAUAUCUGCAUGGGAUUUCUAAGAAUUUGUUACAAAUGAUUCAUUAAAAACAUUCCUUUAGUUCAUAAUUGUAUCCACUUAUGAAAACAUGCUGACUAUAAUCGAAGCAAAAUGUUUUAGUUUGUUGGUUAUUCAAUUUAAUUCCAUCCGUUUGUAUAUUUUGUACUCGUGUGUUUUAAAUACCUGUAAAACUUCAGUUUUCUAGCAUUGUUUAAUGUUUCAUAUCCAUUGAGAGGUUUUUUUAUUAUUAAAUUUCUAAUAUUGUCAUUUUGCGACAUUAAUCUUUCGGCCAUGUCGUUAUUGUCUUGUUUACUGUUUGUAAUUAAAAGAAAAUAAGAAUCUGA